GCGCACAGUCGGGCAAGGUGCGGAGCAUCCCAUCGGAAAAGACACCACUGUCCGUGUCAAGGACAUUUUUAAUCCAAAGUGGUCAAAAUAGUAUUUUCAAAGGGUGCAGGGGAAUAAUUCGCGUUGGAGAGCAAGUCUCCGAAGUCCAGCAUAUAGACAUCAAGCAUAGAGGCCGAUGCAGUAGUCUGUCGCCAUGGCCUCAGAUGCAAGUCACAUGUUGGAGGCGGCCUUGGAGCAAAUGGAUGACAUCAUUGCAGGCUCCAAGGCUGCAGCCGAGUACACCAACGGCCUGUUUGAGCUGGGCUCCCCGGGCAGCGCGGGACCCCUGCAGGUGCUGCAGCUGGUUGAGGACCUGAGGCUGGCCCUGGAGCUGCAGCCCAGAGAGGAGGAGAGGGACACCCUGAGGGCCCAGGUCCCCAGCAGCACCGCUCACAUGCUCAUGGACUGGCUUGACAUGGACAGGUACUCAGAAAGGGUCUCGGUUAACCUUUGCUCCCCGGUGAACAAUGAGAGCUAUCAGGAGCGGCUGGUUCGCUUAGAGGGGGACAAAGAGUCUCUGGUGCUCCAGGUGAGCGUGCUCACAGACCAAGUGGAGGCCCAGGGAGAAAAGAUCCGAGACCUGGAGAGCUCUCUGGAGGAGCACUACCACAAGCUCAACUCCACUGAGGAAAUGCUAAAGCAGGAGCUGCUGAGCCGGACCUCAUUGGAGACCCAGAAACUGGAUCUGAUGGAUGAGGUUUCCUACCUGAAACUGAAGCUGGUCGACAUGGACGAGGAACAGAACCACAACGACAGCAGCGAGGACCAGCAGAACAAAGCUGAGUGUGUGGUAAAUCUGAUUAGCGAGCUCCAGGAGCAGAUGUGUAGGUUUCAGGAGGAGAUCCAUACCCGGAUCAUGGAGAAACGGGCCAUGGAGGCCCAGGGGGAGAGUGGUGCCCGCAAGGCCUACAACCAAUGCCCCGACGUGGGCUUGGGUGGCUCUGACGUGGAGGAGUUUUGCUGUCGCUGUGGAGGACAGAAUGGCUUCCUGCAAGAACUCCGGUUUCUCAAGAGUAAAGUGGAUGAGCUGGAGGGGGAGAAAUCGCAGUAUGAGAAAAAACUAAAGGCCACAAAGCUGUCUAUCUCUUACUCUCUCCAUGUGUGUUACCAGUCGCUCUUAUCCAAGCUCUCUAGCCUGAAGCUCACUGUAGAGCACACUCAGGUAGAGAAGCAGCACUGGGAGGAGCGAUGGCGGACCGCUCAGGCGGAGAUAGCAGACCUACAGCAGAUGCUGGCUUCCAAAGACUCUGCGAUUGAGGGCCUACAGAGCCAGCUGGUCUCCAGAGGCCCAAUGACCAAUGAGAACCCAGAGAGAGUAGAGGAGGUGUAUAGGAGACAGCUGACAGACAAAUACCAAGAAUUGCAAAGGUUGAAAAUGGGGAUGGAGUCUUUAGUAGCAACUAAUUAUGAGAAAGACCGUCACAUAGAGGAGCUGACUGUUCUCCUGGGCCAGUACAGGAAGAUGAAGGAGGUGAUGGCCCUCACUCAAGGGUCCAGUGAGAAGCUCCUGGUUGGGAGCAGUGAGGAAGAACUGAGUGGGAGUCUGAAGUUGAGGGCUCUCACCCAUAAAGCUCAUUCAGACAUCAUCCGGUCAGCGAUGUCUUCUAGAGGCUCCUCUCCCCUGUUAGUGUCUCCCUCGUCCUUCCAGAAAGAGCUGGACUCCAGCUGCCGCAGUAUCCAGACCUCCCUGGAGACGUCGAUGGUGAUGGUCUCCCAGAGUGAUGCUGGUUGCUUCUACAGCGGAGAAUGGUCCCAACAACGGAUGCUUUCAAGUAGCCUGGAGGAGUUACAAAGUGGAUCGUUACCAAAGCAUGUCGUGGUGGGUCAACCAGUUGAACCGGUUUCAGAGAAUCAGCACAUUGAAAUAAACAGAUAUCAGACCCUACCAGGGAAGCUGUCCCGACCUGACAUGAAUGGGGAUCGAGAGCAGUGUUCUACGCCAGACCAGCUGUCCCCUGACGAUAGCGAGGACAGUGAGUUUCACCUAAGAAAGUCGGAGAGACUGGAUGAGUCCACACUGUCAGACUUGUCUCCCCUGUCGUCUGGAGUGGACUCAGGACAGCAGUCCCCUGUCUCUCCAGAGAACAAGAAGAACCACCGGGGCAUCAAGAAGCUCUGGGGAAAGAUAAGGAAGACACAGUCUGGCAGCCUGCAGGGAGAGGACCUUGAGCCUGGAGAGUUUAAGAGGGGGGGACUGAGAGCCACCGCCGGCCCUCGCCUGGCCCGGGCCGGAGAGACAUUGACCUCUGUGCGGGAUCUGAAGACGCCCUUCUCCAAGUGGACUCCGGAGCAGGUGUGUUGCUGGCUGGAAGAGUAUGGGCUGGGCCAGUAUGUGAUUCUGUCCCGACACUGGGCCGACAGCGGGCAAACUCUCCUCUCUGCCUCACCACAGGAUUUAGAGAAGGAGAUGGGGAUUAAGAAUCCACUGCACAGAAAGAAGCUGCAGUUGGCCCUGAAGUCGUUCAGCACCAAACUGACAGAGAAAUCCUCUGAACUGGACCACAUCUGGGUCACACGUUGGCUUGAUGACAUUGGUUUACCUCAGUACAAGGAUCAGUUUCACCAGGGAAGGGUAGACGGCAGAAUGCUUCAGUACUUGACAGUGAACAACCUCUUGUUCCUGAAAGUGACCAGUCAGCUCCAUCACCUCAGUGUGAAGUGUGCUAUCCACGUCCUCCACGUCAACAAGUUCAACCCCAACUGCCUGAAGAGAAGGCCUGGAGAUGAGAACAAGACGUCUCCCUCGGAGGUGGUUCAGUGGUCUAACCACAGGGUGAUGGAGUGGCUUCGCUCGGUGGACUUGGCGGAGUACGCUCCCAACCUGAGGGGCAGCGGGGUGCACGGGGGCCUUAUCAUUCUGGAGCCUCGUUUUAACUCAGACACCCUGGCCAUGCUGCUCAACAUACCCCCUCAGAAGACCCUGCUGCGACGCCACCUGGCCACCAACUUCAAUGUGCUGGUGGGCUCCCAGGCUCAGCAGGAGAAGAGGGAGUUCAUGGAGUCGUCUGGCUACACUCCCCUCAGCACCACAGCCAAAGUCAGGCCAAAGAAGUUGGGCUUCUCAAACUUCGGCCACCUGAGGAAGAAGAGAUGUGACGACUCGACUGACUACAUCUGCCCCCUGGAGGCGGCCCAGGCCCAGGCUCAGCUCCAGGCGGUGGUGAACGGGGCCCACCGGCCCUACUCCGGCUUUAGGGGCCUCAGCCCAAUCCUGGACAGAGACCCAGACAGACGAGAGCAGAUGGCGGUGACAGAGGGGACCGUACUGCAGAUAGAAGCUCUUUCUGAGGGAAUAAACCAACUUACAUAUUUGCUAAGCCGAGACGAAGUUCUGAAGGAGAUGAGACGGGCUCAAACAGCACUAGUCUGAGAGGACGCUACGCUGGCCACACUAAUUAACGCAGCCAAUCAACCAAGGGAAACCUCUAUCUGCCUCAUACCUCAACCUAACCUCAAUGCAGAAGGCUUUACCAGCAAUCUCAACUGGCCAUACCCCUUACCUCAUCAUAAUACAGGACUAUAAUGAAUACUACUUCUGUAUUAGUGGCACAAACACAAUGACCGGUGAAGGAAUUCUGUUUUACAUGCGUCAUUGGUGUGUAGCGCUUCCCCAAACUAGAGUAAAUAGCAUGUGUUUUAUAUUUUUGGUGAAAGGUAUAGGCCUACAACAUGCCACUUGAGCUUUUAGGACAUGCUUUUUCCCCUAGAAGCCUAGCCUGUAAGAUUGCACACACUGUAUUAUUUUGUACUAUUUGACAACUUUUUUGCAUGUUUUUUUUAGAUUAGGGUCGUUCCACUAAAUUAGUCUCUUUUGGGUAGUUUAAUUUGGUUUAAAAAUAUAUAUAUUUAACCUAAUUUUAACUUUCUAUCAUGAAGAGCACUUGUUCAACUUAAUAAAAAAACAUGUUUCCCCAUCUCAAGAGGUUAAAUGAAAAACAUGCCUAUUGAGUGGCAAGUAAAGUAACCAGGUUUAUUGUAACAGGGUUGACGAUUUCAUCUUAAAUCAGCCAUAAAUCCUCUUGUGCGAGGGGGAAUGGAGGCUUGUUUUGUGCAACAGGGAGGGUCAAAUGAAUGCAAGAUUAAAACAAAGGAAAAUGUUUUAAAAAAUUCUAGCCUGUCUAUCAGUGGGUGACAGGGUUGACGUGCCAUGCUCGACCUACAAGGGUAGAAUCAGCUCUCCUGCUUUUACACUAUGAUUUGACUAUAAGAUGUUCAAUGUUUCUCCUUUUUUUUAUGUUCCAAAAGGAAUAGUUUCACCAUAUUACAACGAGAGUUCAGUUCAUGUAACAGGAUUGACCUUAAAAUGAGGGACAUUUCUUUCUUUAUUUUUUUUACCUUAAAAUAAAUCACAAAUUUCAUGAAUUUAAAUAAUAAUAUUCAGAAAUGACUUGACAACAGAAUAACUAGGGCUUUCAAUGAAGGUGAAAACUUGAAGAAAUGUUGGGGUUAAGUGGGUUAAAAUCACAGAGGUACAUCUCAAAAUGCAGAAUUUUGGCACUUUAGCAAGUCUUUAGGCAUAUUUAAAACCAGAUGCAUUGAAUUAUCAAUGUGGUCUAUAUUAACGGGCACUUCAUUUAAUUUAAGAGUCUUUUAAAAUUCCAUAUUUAUGCACAAUUUCUUCUUCAAAUAUCAAAAUGAUGCAAAGGGGACUCAUUUCGUGGAACAACCCAUUACCUGGACACAUCCAUGAUGCAAACAAAGCACUAAGAAAUACUGCAAACAAACACACCAACACUUAAUACAGCUCAUUUGAAUAUGACCAAUAAGAAACAGUUUUUUCUAUGUUUCAACACAUAAUUCGCAUAUAAUUGAAUAGGCAGAUGUAGUCCUUUAAGUAAGUCCCUUUAACAGUCACCAGAAUGGAGGAUCGCUUCUGUAACAGAAGAAAUACUAAGGGAGGCCUGCUCCCUGGGAGGUAGGUAGCCCAGUGAAGUGUCCAUGCCCAGGUAUAACCUGUACAGUAUGAGGAUCCUAUUGCAGGUUAAUCUGCAUCAACCCAGCACAUCACAAUAUCUCACUAGGGUUUCAGAGAGGAGAGAGGUGCUGGAGCUGUUCCAAACAUCAAAGGCAGACCCAUACUGGUGAGUUUUAAUUGACUUAUUUUUAUCAUUCUUUUCACCAUUCUAGAGCAAACAUAGUUUAACUAAAGUAUUUUUAGGGUUGAGUGUUCCAUUAGGGUUGAGUACCCUUAUGUAACUUCAAUCCAAGUUAUUACAGAAGUAUAACCUAUGUCACUUUUUUUCAUCUAAGUUAUCAUUUCUACAACAAUAAACUAUACUGUUGUUAUCAUAUGUUCAGGUCAUAAGGGAAACCACCCUCUGACCUAAUCCUGUAGACAUGGGGAAGAUAGAGAGCAAACAACCAGCCCAAGGUAAUCUCAAACUGGUGGGAGAAACCACCAGCCUCGACCAUGACCAUUCCCAACAUGAACUUCAAUUUCUCUACCCUGUGUGGGAGGAGAGAGAGCAAGCCACUAGCCCCAGACAUACCCAGUGAAUCCUUAACAAGCCCAACAAUUUUGUCCCUCUAUCCAAAUACUGUGUGGGGAUAGCUGCCGCCAGGACCCAGGAGUACCUCCUGUUUCCCUCGACCCAGAGGACAUGUUCCAGCCCCAAAGCCCUCAACGAGAUCUUCCUAAUAACCUAUAUUACCCAGAGCAGCCACCUCCACAUGACCGACUCCUCCAACUGCACCACAAUGACAAAGCAGCAGCGCAUCUUUCUGGGUGCUGACUGGGCGUGGGCUGUGCUGGAGAGGCCCCCCAAGAACCCCUGCAUCUAGAUUGCCGUGCAGAUCCUGCACCUGACUGAGAGGGGGGAGGGACGGCAGAGGACUUACCCCCCGGAGAUAUAUACUGAAUCCAUGCAAGAUGGCCAAGACGGAGUCUGCUAAUAGGAACAAGGCAGAGAGGAAGGUGUAUUUUUGCACCUCCAUCAGUAAUGACUGCUACUCCCUCUUUCUCCUAUUUGGCCGCAAGGGCAACUCUGGCAACAUCAAUGGGGUGCUGAGCAACAAAUGUCACAAUGCUAUAGGAAGAAUAAGAACAACCGGGCACUCAUUGAGAAUUUCUUUAAAAUGGUCCAGGUUCUUACGCCCACAGGAACGCUUACAGGCUUUUGUCACCAAGAGGGACAGUGACCCUUUAACUCUGCUCAUCAAGUUUACCUGACCAGUAUGAUCGAUGACCGUUUAACCAUUUGUUACAUUUCUCUGUGUCUAUUGUAGUGUUUCAA